GGUCCAGGUUGUUCAAAGUAUGGAUAGUACUGGCCAACAAAUAAAUGACAGAUAUCAAUUUAUCAAAUGGACAGAAUUAUGCAUGUAUUAUGUCUGAACUGCUGAAUACUUUGUACAUUGUUUUCACUGCUUGUUUUGAGCAUCUAAACAGGAGUGAGAUAUUCUUUAACCAAGCAAACUCUUUCUCAUUUUGUAGCGACAGCUCUUGGUUUCUUCAGUGGUGUGCCACAGCCCUGCAUCAGAGCAGAAAUGUCCAUAUUGGUCGACAAAGAAGAACAAGGUGCUCUUUUUGCCAUCCUAGCAUCUGCUGAAAGUUUGUGCAACUUUUGCAGUCAAUUGAUUUUCAAUCCACUGUACACUUGGACUAUAAAUGAACUCAAGGGAAAAUUUGCUGCUGGUAUAACCUUUUUCAUCAAUGCUGGGAUUUUGCUAAUUCCUAUGGUUCUUAUUGGGAUUAUUCAGAGGUUUAAACCUUCAAAACCUAAGGAAUGUCCAACUCUUAUUGACAACGAAGACCCAGUUUCAUAAAGAUGACAUUAGCAAAUGAUGUCCUUGUAUAUAUGCACUCGCACUUCGGAGCAGUUUAUACCAAUUGUACAUAUUGCAAUUUGUCGGUCUCAAAAUUCAUUCUAGGCAUGACAAGAAAAAUUAUUUUAAUUUAAGGCUCGUGAAGUACAUACAUGCGUAAACGUUAUCCUUAGACAAACCAAAAUUUGAAAAGUAAAUGAAUUCAUUUUAAUAAUGUUACAUUUUGAAAUUCUCAAAUCCAUUCGCAAAGUACGUGACACCAUAGUUAGUAGAGGGGACUAACUAUGGUGACACAUUGUGUUAGUUACGGUGUCAAGCACAGCAAGUGUGAAACAAAUGGUCAAUAAGUUUGUUCCCUUUCGUUACAUAUUUGUAAUUUGAAAACUUGCACUGCUUUAUUUCCAAAAUCCAGAAAUCUAUGUACUUCUAUGAAACUGGCAUGCAAAGAUCUUGGUGCAGAUCAAACAGUUUAUCUACUCGAGGGAGGUUUCGGUUUCCACAAUAAACCAGUUCCCACACUAACUAUAAAUUUUUCUUGAUUUUUUUGUGGUACUGUACUUUAGGCGCCAUUUCCAGCUGUUUUGUGAGACUGCGUUCUUUGUUAUGCUAUUUAGCUUACUUGCUUGGUGAGUGAUUUCUAAAUGCAAAUGUCAAAGGAUGACAGCAAAGAUCAACCAAAAGAAUCGUAAUUUAGGGUCAUCGUCAUGGACACUGUUAUCUGCACAUUAUUGUACUGCCAUAGGGCCUUUUCGAAAUUACCACCCAACAAAUAAAAAAAAUCACAAUGUUUAA